AACUUUGCACGAGCACACUUCACAGAGGACAAGCAUACAAACAUACAUUACCUUGUGAAGCACAGAGUCAUACACAUAUCGUCCUAAAGGUCUGAAGAGGAAAUGGCGAGCUUUGCUCGACAGCGCUCAUAUGCACGGUGUUUCGUUGCCUUUGCUGUUUUAGGCCUCGUAUGCCAGGCCCAAGGACGACUUCUCAUUAUCCAGCAGGAAUCGCGGGAUGGUGCCCACGGCGUGGUCCAAGUCAUUAGCGACGAACCGGGCCAGGCUUCGUCGUCUGUAUUUGACUCCGUUUUUGGCUCGUCUUUCUCUUGGCUUCAACAGCAGCUCACACUUUUAGAGGAACUAGAACGCGCUACCAUCCAGAGGCUGACGGACUCUGUGGGCUUUGCUGCGCCCCAGUACGACGUGCUCCGCGAUGUGGGCCGCGCCCGCAUGCGCGCUGCCUUGCUAGACAGGCAACUCGCCCGUCAGUCCAGCGCCGCCAUUGUCGCUACUAGCACCCAAGCAGCAGCAGACACGGACUCACUGGGUUCCUCCUCCUCCGCCACCUCGUCAUCAGCGCUCGAUGUCCUGUCAGACAUGCUAGACGCCUAUGAUGAGGCCGCGGAGACGGCGAAGGGCUCUGACAGCUACGACGCUUACACCUCUGCAGAGGAGGAACAGGAGGAAGAGGCUGGAGAACAGAAGCUAAAGGAGGAGUAUGAGGAGAAGGUCGAGGAGGAUCGCGAGUCUGAAGAUUACGAGGAGGAGGAUUACCAAAACGUGCCUGAGCGCUUGGAGGCGUAUGACGAUGCAAGCUAUGACGUCAGAAGCCGCUCUGAUGAUGACUAUCAGGCUACCCGUCGUGUACAUCGCCAGCUAGGCGAUGCCUACUCUUCUUUCACCACUUCUUCGUCUGCUGCUGAGACGCUUGCAACCAAGGGCUCAGCGGAGGAGCAGGUGGUGGAGUAUGCCUACGUGGGCAAUGAGGAUGAUGACGAUGAUGAUGAUAGCGAAGAGGGGGUGUACGAAGACUUGUACGAGGAGGUCGCGGGUGCCUACCUAGCCCAUGUGUUUGGGGACGAGUACCAGGAGGUGUACGAAGACUACCUGGAGCUGCGCGCCGACCCGAUGCAGAUGGAAUGGGAGGACUACCUGGACCUGGCCUACGAGUACGACAGUGAUGAGUUGUACGGCACUGACGGUGACUGGUACGACAGCGAUGAGUACGUGGAGGACUACUACCUGAACAACGCCAUCGCGACGCCCAACGGCCUUGCCAUGCUUGCCGACAUUGCCGAGCUGGUGGCCUGGACGCGGCUGGCGGCGUCGCUGUCGCAGCAGCAGCGCUCGGAACUGCAGCAGCAGCUGAUGGCCCGUCUUCCCUCUGACCCCGUCGAGGAUGAUGACUGGUACAGCGGCGAAACAGAGGUUCGCUCCUUCGACCUGAUCACCUUUGACGACAUCAGCAGCAGCAACGGCGGCAGCAGCAGCAGCAGCUCCGAGACCGUGUUUAUCGUGCCCGGUGAGCCCUUCGGCGGCAUCUCACUGGCUGCUGUGUUUGGCCUGCAGGACCCGCAGCAACAGCCACAGCAGCAGACCCCCAUGUACGACACCUCGGACUUCCAGCCCAUGCAGUUGGUCAACAAGUUUGACCUGCAGCUGGUGCAUCCCGACGGCAGCAUCAACUGGGGUCUGGUGACGCUCUGCAUCCUGGCUGCGGGCACGGCUGCCAUGCUGGCUGGAAUGGUGGUCAGCUGUGCGGCCCUCCGGCGCAGCAUGCUCACCUGCCGCAGCGGGGGGGGCAGCUGGGUGUACGUUCCGGCGCGGCUGCCCCGGCAGAAGCAGCCGCUGGCGUGGUGCGGUAGUGAGGAGCUGAGCAAGCCGCUGGUGCUGAGUGCGGAGGAGAGCUACGGGACGGUGGUGGUGGAGCAUGCGGCAAGGUACGUGCCGCCGGUGGAGGCGAAUGAGAGCGUGGCGAAGGCGCUGUACAAGUGAGCGGAAAGAGAAGGAAACAUGGAUGGAUAGGCGCGGUUGUGAAGGUGGCAUCGUGGCGGCAGUAGGCGUGCUGCAGUGCCGUUGGGAUGUGUGGUUGCUUGGAUGCGGUGGUGAUUAGCAGUGGUUUGGCUUGGGGCGGUGGGCGGGUGUGCAGGUUGUGAAGGGUGGGUGCCGCCUCUUUGCGAUGUUUAUAUGCGGCGGUAUAUUACGGAGUACUAGAGGUGUAUUGUUGGUCGGUUGAAUACCGGUAGUAAGGGAGAGAACGCAUUUGCAUAACCUUGCACACACGAAGACGCCUCCAGCUUCCUGGGGUUAUUUAGAAAGUAUUGUAGAAACAUGGAAAUAGGCUUAUAGAGAAUAGUAAGAAGGCUGCAACAACUUGGUCAUUAGGUUGGGAAUGCAAGACCUGUGAUAUGGCUCCUGUGACGUCACGGCGUGCUUUGUGUGCUGCGAAACCCUGGGUGUCUGUCUACCAGCGUUGCUAGUCCAUUACGACCAUGAAGAGGAAGACUGCUUCUUAGCUGCCCAUUUCAUGCAUGUACGACGCCCUCUUCCUGUGGCUUGAAUGGGGGUUUAGUUUUGCUUGUAGCCAACCUUACACUCUGCGCCUGCGGUGCCUAGAUCCGCGGGAUUUCUUUGGAUCGGUAGGAUCAACAUUUUCAAAAUUACUGACCGUCGUACGCUCGCGGCAGCUGCGCCAGUUAAAUGUUGUAGUUGUACAGUAUGUUGAUAUUGCAGGCUUUUGGCUUCUUCGUAAGCCUUAUGUUAUAUGAUAACGCAGUGGGUUGCUCCCCUAACCAAUUACGGAGCUAAGAAACGCACAGCUUGUGUUUCGCCUGCUUGAUGGUAUGUUUGUUAUCUUCACGUGUGGUGUGUCCAGUCUUCCAGCUAAUGGCGCAGUUGCUGGUUAUAUGCCCUUAAGUUUGAUCUUCCUGUAAAAGACACGCU